GUGUAGGACUCUUUCCGGCUUCAUCCACCCCCUCCGACUUCUCGGGCCGGUGCCCCACCCCUAGUGACCCCUAUCUGACCGCCGGUGAGCGCGUUGCAGAGAACUAGAAAGAGGGUGUCGAGCCCGGCCAGUGGUGUGUUGGUGCGAUGCCACCCCACUCGACACUACCCUUCAGGCGUCUCAUCUGGUCCUUGGCCUCCAGUCGGCUGGUUCCCAGAAGACACAGAGGACAUAGCCUCCUGCAUACAGCUCCAGAAGCCCGCGCAGAUGGGAUUGCCCCCGUGUUCAUCCGCGCCUUGGCCUUUGGGGACAGGAUUGCCCUUAUUGACAAACAUGGCCGUCACACCUACAGGGAGCUUUAUGACCGCAGCCUUUGCCUGGCCCAGGAGAUCUGCAGGCUUCGGGGUUGUAAGGUUGGGGACCUCCAGGAGGAGAGGGUUUCCUUCCUGUGCUCCAAUGACGUCUCCUAUGUUGUAGCUCAGUGGGCCUCCUGGAUGAGUGGCGGCAUUGCUGUCCCGCUCUACUGGAAGCACCCUGCGGCCCAGCUGGAGUAUUUCAUCCAGGACUCCCGGAGCUCUGUGGUCUUGGUGGGCCAGGAGUACUUGGAGCGCCUAAGUCCAGUGGCCCAGAGGCUGGGAGUCCCUCUUAUGCCUCUCACGCCUGCCAUCUACCGUGGAGCAGUGGAGCAGCCCCUAGAACAGCUGGUUCAAGAGAGGGAAUGGCGUGACCGGGGUGCUAUGAUCUUCUACACCAGUGGGACCACGGGGAGGCCCAAGGGUGCACUGAGCACCCACCGUAACUUAGCAGCUGUGGUGACUGGGCUGGUCAGCGCGUGGGCGUGGACAAAGAAUGACGUGAUCCUUCAUGUCCUCCCGCUGCACCAUGUCCACGGUGUGGUCAACAAGCUGCUCUGUCCACUCUGGGUAGGAGCCACCUGUGUGAUGCUGCCCGAGUUCAAUGCUCAGCAGGUCUGGGAAAAGUUCUUGAGCACAGAAGCUCCACGGAUUAAUGUAUUUAUGGCAGUGCCCACGAUCUACAGCAAACUGCUGGACUACUACGACAAGCACUUCACACAGCCCCACGUCCAGGACUUUGUGCGUGCGGUUUGUAAAGAAAAGAUUAGGCUCAUGGUGUCAGGCUCGGCUGCCCUGCCUGUCCCUCUGCUGGAGAAGUGGAAGAGCGCCACGGGCCACACACUACUGGAGCGCUAUGGCAUGACGGAGAUUGGCAUGGCUUUAUCCAACCCCCUGACAGAGGCUCGCCUGCCAGGUUCGGUAGGGACCCCAAUGCCAGGGGUGGAAGUACGCAUUGUCUCGGAAAACCCACAGAAGGAUUCUCCCUACAUCAUCCAUGCAGAGGGGAAUGAGAGGGAGACAAAGGUGACACCAGGGUUUGAGGAAAAGGAAGGAGAACUGCUAGUUAGGGGACCCUCUGUGUUCCGAGAAUACUGGGAUAAGCCGGAUGAAACGGAAAAGGCUUUCACUCCGGAUGGCUGGUUCAGAACAGGGGACACCGCCGUGUUCAAAAACGAUAGGUACUGGAUCCGAGGGCGUACAUCAGUGGACAUCAUCAAGACUGGAGGCUACAAAGUCAGCGCCCUGGAGAUUGAGCGGCACCUGCUGGCCCACCCCAGCAUCACCGAUGUGGCUGUGAUUGGAGUUCCGGAUAUGACGUGGGGCCAGCGGGUCACAGCUGUGGUGGCCCUUCAAGAAGGACACUCGCUGUCCCACAAGGAUCUCAAGGAGUGGGCCAGAAGCCAACUUCACCUGGAACCUACUUUCCAGAGCAGGAGUGUUACAGGCCAGCGCAGACCUCAGUCCCUGAGUUUCCAGAAAGCACUUUCACAAGGUCACAGGAGGAAGCACCCCCUGCUGAGCGGAGCCUGAGCAGACAGCAGGAAGCCCAAGGGCACUGGACCCUGUCAUCCCUUCCCCACUUCCUUGCUGGUAGUGCAGAUGUCUGGAGCCCGGAUGAUGAGCUUGUAGUGAUGAGCUGUGGGCAGGCUUCCCGCCGCCCGGCUCCCGGCCACCGGCUAGCUUAUGCCCCGAAAUAAUUACACGGAAACUGUAUUCUUUGAUACACUGCCUGACCUAUUAGUUUCAGCCUCUUACUCACAGCAUAGGGAAAGAUGCCAUGGAACCAUCAUUUAGACCUAAAGCUGGAGGCUGCACCAUCUUAGAUCUGCAGAAUGAAGAGGAACAGCAGAGCCAUAGAAGAUCUGUGCCUUCGUGCAUGUAUCUCACACAUGUAUGUAUGCGCGCAUGUGCACACAUACACCAGUCUCUUGCCAUUCUCUGUACGGUGCCUUCAGAUUGGCUGUUUUCUAGACAUUCCAUCUCUGGCCAGAGCUGGAAGCACCUGUUGUCAUGCUCGGCACAAUCCUACGGGUACAGUUCUGGUGGCUCAUGGCCCUGGGAGAACCUUCCCGCACCAGAGAAGACUCACUUCCCCAGUAUCUAGGACCCAGGCCCUUGAUGCUGGCCCCUGUCGUUUCCCUGCUGUGGCCAUGAGUGGGGAUUCCAAGCCACCUCCACCUGCCCUAGUAGAGCUGAGUGCCCUUGCUGACGUCCACCAUGUGGUCAAUUUAGCUCAGCAAAUAGAUCGAUAUCAAAUUAUCCCACUUCACCUUCAUAACUCUUAAGCGAGCCAGAGUGGAGGGGAGACGGGGUCACUAGAAAUAAAUAGCCAUGGAGGCCCUUUGUGAUCUAUCACCCGAAGACAGCAGCAGCAUUCCGCGCCAGCUGCUGACACGGUCGUUAAUAAAGCCCAGGAAAGCACUGUCAGCUCCAGUGAAGGAUAGCCACAGGUCAGCCCGGGACCGGCCUCAUACUGGCAGGGUACAAGACGCACCGUUUGUGACCAGAGCCCUUCUCAGAUGGGCAGUGAGUGCCGCCCAGGCAGACACGCUGGAUGCCAUCUGUGGGUGCUUCUACACACUGGGAGGAGCACCCCAACCUCCGCUGCGAACGAAACAUCUGAAAGCUGUAGUGACUGUCACAGCCAGAGAGAAGACUAAGGUGCCGACUGCACAGCCCUUGGUCUUCGCCUUCGUGUAUCCUGCCACCUCCCUGGAGCGCCCCCCCCCCCACCUUCCCUGCCUGUCUAUGUUUGUGUGUGAGCAGAGGUCACAAGUGAACCCCUGUGGGUCUGGCGUGUGCGUUUUUGUUACAUAUGGGCGCUUGUCCUUGUAAAAGUGAGCAUGUACCCUGUCACGUGACCAUGUGUGUGUUCAGGCUUCUAACAGGAGUCUUCCAGAGGACUGUGGGUGUCAGAACAGGCUCAGCUGGGUCAGGCACAUCUGCAUGUCCUGUCUUUGGUGGCCCUUCCCCCACUCGCUGGAUCCUUUCCGAAGCACAAGGAAGUCACUGACUUGGAGGGUGUAGCCCCCUAGUGACAGGCUGAUCACGGUGUAAGGAUGAUAAACUAUUAAGCCAUCAGUGUCCCUCAUCCCCAUCUGUCAGGACUCGUCCCCACCCCCACCACCAGUAAAAAGCAGCAACAGCCAGCAGCCCCAUGCCCAUGCCUCAACCGUGUUUCCACAGCACCUGCUUUGAUAGGAAAGAGCUACUUGUUAGAAAUGGACAGAGCUCCACCAGGCUGGCUGGUUUGUGUACACAUGCCAACAGACACACAUGUACAUUGAACAUACAUAAAGCACAUGUCCAUGGUUUCAGAAAUGUCUCCCUGAAUGUCAGCUGCUUCAGAAGCUCCAGCAGCCAGUGUCAGUCAGCGAGAGCAGGUCUGGAGGAAGGGGUGUGGGGCUCUGCAUUCCUGACAGGCCGUGGUGUCCACAGGACGUCACCAGUUCUGCACUGACCCUGCAUGUAGUUACCUGCUCCCGUCCCAGAAGGGCAAGCCCAACCAAAGCAGACGAAAGUCACUGUUUAAAGGGCAUUUUAAACACUAUAGAAGGACAGGAAAGAGUGGCUGGCCCUGCAUGCCUACACACACACACACACACACACACACCAGUUUAUUGAGUGAGGGGUUCAUGCUAUGGUCGUCUCCAAGAAGUGAAACCCAUAAGACUGGAAAGAUGACUCCGUGGUUGAGAGCACUGACUGUUUUCCAGAGGACUCAGGUUUAAUUCCCAGCACCAAUAUCACAGCUCACAGCUGUUUGUAAUUCCUGACAGUCUAGGGGAUACAGUGCCCUCUUCUGGCUCCUUUGGGCACCAGGCAUGCACACAUGUUGUGCGCAGGCAUAUGUGCAGGACAAAGGCUCAUUAAAAACAUCAAAUAAACGUGAAACCCAGAGCACUGGUGACUUGGAGGCCCAGGUGGGUCUGUGGGUAGAGCAGUCUUGAAGUCAGCUGUCCCUCUGCCUGGGAAAUGAUGACUCCUGCUUUGAGUGCUCACAGAACUGGAUCCCACCAGCGCUUGACUGUUCUCGAUGAGCCCAGUACACCAGGGAAGGAGUUCAUUUAUACAUGAUUGAUACAUGAUUAAUAAAAACUUAGAGAAAUUGGCGUUCAACCUGAAGGUCCGAAAAAGCAAAGCAGCCAGCCACUAGCUCUUACCU